UCCCGUAGCGGCGGCGCCGUGCCCGGGCGGAACGUGCAGCUGCCGGACCGCUCCCCGGCGGCUCCUUCCCGCCGCCGCGGCCCCAUGGACGCCAACCUGCGGUUCUGGAGGACGGAGGGGCAGUCUUUUUUCCAGAGGUUUCUUCUCUGGGCAGACGUCCUGGACCCGCUGCUGCUGCUGAAAUCCUCCGAUGAAAUAAGAAGAACCAGGUUAUUAAUACAAAACAGUGGGAAGACCCCAAGUGAGCCCAUACAGAAUGAUGAGACAAAAAAAGCCUUCCUGCUAAGCCUGUCCAGUGUACAUCCUGAUUCAGACAAGAUAAUUCCUGUUUUGUUUAGAGCUCCAGCCUUCCUGCCCUUAUCUCUUCCAUUGGUUAUUGUUUCAUCUGCUCAGCACCAGGCCAAGCACACUUUUUUUUUUCAGUUUGUGUUUCACACGUAUACCACAGCAUUCACCCUCAUAAAUGGAAAUGGCACCGCCAAGUCUGAAGAGUACUCGCUGGAGCAAAAGCAAAUCUUCUAUGGCUUGGGAGCCAUUUCCUAUGCAGCAUGUAUUGGUGCUCUUCCUCUUGUCUUCAUGAAUCGUUACACGUUGAAGAGUCCGGUAAUGGAACUAGUCAUCAAAAAACUUCUACCCGCUCCUAUUCUUGGCUUGAUGAGUGCAUUUACUGUGGCAGUGGUGAGAAGCCCAGAAUUCGAGAAUGGAAUUGAAGUGAUGGACAGGAACGGCAAGGUCGUGGGAGUGUCACAGAAAGCUGGUGAGAAGGCUGUUAAAGAAACAGCCUUGUCCAGAGCAGCCUUGUUCGGGACAACGUUCUUCCUGCCCGCUGUGCUGAUGCACUUUGUGGAAAGAGCAAAAUUUGCAAAAACUCCACGUGCUUUGGCGUCAGUGAGGAUGUUCAUGAUUACGUCGGUACUAGCAGGGAUGCUGCCGGUCUCGCUGAGCAUGUUCCCGCAGUGUGGGGAGAUCAAACGAGCAGACCUUGAACCGGAAAUUCAGUCGGCUACAGAAGAAACAGAGUUAUUCUACAAUAGGGGAAUUUAGAGAUUGGCUUUAAAAUGUAAAUGUGUGCUCUGAUUUAAUUUAUCAACAAACUCAAUUGGCAUAUAUGACUGAUCGAAUCGUGUGUUUAUGAAGAGGCAGACUUUGCAAAAUGGCUUUGCCAGCACAGGCAGAGAUGUACACAUGACUCAAUGCUGUACAUAUUUCUAUCAGAAAGCACCGUAACUCAGCGUUUGUCGCAGACUCUGUUCUGUAUGCUUCCUCAAGUGACUGAUUUUUUAAUUAAAAGACGACCAGAUACAAAA